CUGGGUCCUGCCGCCCAGGCAAGAUGGCGGCGGCGUCGUCGUGUGAGGGGGCGGCGGAGGAGAGGCCGCGGGCGGCGGCGGAGGGGCGGCGGGGCGGAGCGGGCGCAGCCGGGCAGGCGCGGGCGGCGGAGCAGCGGGAGGCCCCGCGGCCAUGAGGCGGAUCCGCGCCCCCACAGGAAGCAGAGGAAUCCCCUUCGGCCCCGCAGCCCGGCCAUGGCCCGCCUCGCCGACUACUUCGUGGUGGUGGCCUUCUCGCCGGGGAAGCGCGGCAAUGGCGAUGGCCAGGGACAGAUACUGCAGCGCUUUCCGGAGAAGGAUUGGGAAGACAACCCUUUCCCACAGGGCAUUGAGCUGUUCUGCCAGCCGAGUGGGUGGCAGCUCUUCCGCGAGAGAAACCCUCCCACCUUCUUCAUCGCUGUCCUGACGGACAUCAACUCGGAGCGCCAUUACUGUGCCUGCUUCACCUUUUGGGAGGCCAUUGACAGGUCCCAGCUCCAGAAUCGUUUGCGGAAGGAUGAGGAAGAGGAGGAGGAGGAGGAGGAAGUGGCCGCCCCAGUCCAGCCGGCUCAGCUCUUUGCCCCCAAAAGUUUGGUGCUUGUUUCCCGAUUGGACCAUGCAGAAGUUUUCCGGAACUGCCUGGGCCUGGUCUACACCAUCUACGUGGACGGCCUGAGCACCUCCUUGGAGACUGUCAUUGGAAACCUCCUGACCUGCACCAUCCCCAUCAUGGGGGGCUCCCAGCCUGACACGGAGGACGAAGGAGGAGCGAGGACCAUCUCCUUGGGGGCUGGCGACAGGCAGGUCAUCCAGACGCCUAUCAACGACUCCCUUCCCAUCAGCAACUGCAGCGUGGCCCUUCUCUUCCGACAACUUGGAAUCACCAAUGUCCUGUGCCUCUUCUGCGCGGCCCUCACGGAGCACAAGAUUCUGUUUCUGUCCAGCAGCUACCAGAGGCUGACCGAUGCCUGCCGGGCCCUCCUUGCCCUCAUGUUCCCCUUGAAGUACAGCUUCACCUACGUGCCCAUCCUCCCGGCUCAGCUCCUGGAGGUCCUCAGCACGCCAACCCCCUUCAUCAUUGGGGUCAGUUCUGCCUUCCAGUCGGAGACACAGGAGCUGCUGGACGUUAUCAUAGCCGACCUGGAUGGUGGGACGGUCACGGUGCCCGAGUGCAUCCACAUCUCUCUGCUGCCUGAGCCGCUUCUGCAUCGCACGCGCGAAGCUCUCUCCAUGGUCCUGGACCCAGGGCUAGAAAUUGCAGACCUGGCCUUCCCACCGUCCACCAUCUCUGCCUCCUCCCUCAAGAUGCAGGACAAGGAGAUCCGGGCCGUCUUCCUCCGGUUGUUUGCUCACUUGCUCCAGGGCUACCGCUGGUGCCUCCACAUCAUCCGCAUCCACCCGGAGCCCGUCAUCCGCUUCCAUAAGGCCGCCUUCCUGGGGCAGCGUGGGUUGGUGGAGGACGACUUCCUUCCCAAAGUGCUGGAAGGCAUGGCGUUUGCUGGCUUUGUGACGGAGCGAGGGCCGCCGUAUCGGGAGACAGACGUCUUUGACGAGCUAGUGGCCAACGAAGCCCAGCGGAUGCAGGCCGACGAAGGCAGCAAGGUCCGGGUCCUGCAGCACAUCAAGGAGCUGGCGGAGCAGCUGUAUAAGAACGAGAACCCCUACCCGGCCGUGACGAUGCACAAGGUGCAAAGGCCCACGGAGGGCUCCCACCUGCGGCUCCACCAGAGGCCUUUCCCGCGCCUGGACGAGGGCACCAUCCAGUGGAUCGUGGAUCAGGCCACGGCCAAGCUGCAGACGGCGCCGCCUGUGGUCCGGGCGGAGAGGAAGUGCAUGGUGCCAUCUGGGCCCCCCCUCGGGACGCUCAUGGAGCGCAACGGCCUCGUCCUGGCCAACAGCGCCCGUCGCCUGGAGGUCGUCCGGAACUGCAUCUCCUACGUCUUUGAGAGCAAAAUGCUGGAGGCCAAAAGGCUCCUUCCGGCGGUGCUGCGGGCCAUGAAGAGCCGGCUGGCCCGGCAGUGCCUGACGCAAGAGCUGAACCUCCACGUCCAGCAGAACAGGGCCGUCCUGGACCACUUGCAGUUUGACUUUGUGGUCCGGAUGAUGAACUGCUGCCUGCAGGACUGCAGCGCCGCAGAUGAACACGGAGUGGCAGCUGCCCUUCUGCCCUUGGUCACAGCAUUUUGCCGAAAACUCAGCCCCGGGAUCACCCAGUUCGCCUACAGCUGUGUGCAGGAGCACCUGGUUUGGACCAACCUCCAGUUCUGGGAGGCCAUGUUCUAUGGCGAUGUGCAGAACCACAUCCGGGCCUUGUACCUGGAAGGCACGGAGGAGAACCACCUGGCGCAGGCGGGUGAGGAGGGGUCUCAAGAGGACGGGUCCAUCCUGGAGAUCGCGGCCCUGCAGUGCCGCCUGUGGCCCACCAUGAGCCCAGAGAAGCAGCGGGAGCUGAUCCAGAAGGAGGAGAGCACCGUCUUCAGCCAGGCCAUCCACUACGCCAACCGCAUGAGCUACCUGCUCCUCCCGCUGGACACCAGCAAGAACCGCCUCCCCCGCAGCUCUGGCCUCGGGGACGCCGAGAGCGUCAGCAACAGCUUCAUCACAAACAGCAUUGCCGGGAGCGUUGCCGACAGCUACGACACGGAGAGUGGCUUUGAGGACGCCGAAACCUCUGAUGUGGCCAACUAUGUGGUCCGCUUCAUUAACCGCUUUGUGGACAAGGUCUGCACGGAGAGUGGUGUCACCAAUGAGCACCUGAAGGGCCUGCAUGUCAUGAUCCCAGACAUUGUUCAGAUGCACAUUGAGACCCUGGACGCCGUGCACCGGGAGAGUAAGAGGCUGCCCCCGAUACAGAAGCCAAAGCUCCUGCGGCCCAGCCUGCUGAUGGGGGAGGAGAGCGUGAUGGACGGCCUGCGCGUGUUCCUCAUGCCGGACGGCCGGGAAGAGGGGGCCGGGGGCAGUGUCGGGGGGCCCCCUCUGCUCCCGGCCGAGGGCGCCGUCUUCCUCACCACGUACCGCAUUGUCUUCAAAGGCACGCCCGUGGACCCCUUAGUGGGGGAGCAGGUGGUGGUCCGCUCCUUCCCCGUGGCUUCGCUGACCAAGGAGGAGAAGAUCACUGCCCAGGCACCGGUGGACCAGUUCAUCCCGGAGGGCUGUGCUCAGUUGCAGCUGCGCUCUUGUACCUUCCAGUUGCUGCGCAUUGCUUUUGACGAGGAGGUGGCCUCUGAGAGCGUGGAGAUCUUCAGGAAGCACCUCCAAAAGCUGCGCUACCCUCAGCACAUUGCCGACACCUUCGCCUUCACGGUGGGCCAGUCGAUCAAGCCAGCCCUGCAGCCCAAAGCCAAGGAGAAGAACCCCUCGCUCAGGACCAUCUCCAAGAAUCUGGUGAAGAACGCCAAGAGGACCAUAGGGCGCCAGUACAUCACGCGCAAGAAGUACACCCCUCCCCCCUGGGAGCACCGCGGGGGCAGCCAGCAGCCCUUUCCGGAGGACAACGAGGACGAGAUCUCAGUGUCUGAAGAAGUGGACAGAAGCACCUUGACCCCUGCCACCUUGACCAUCCGGCCCUCUGACAAGAUGACCAUGAGCAACUUGGUGGAGCGGGCCUGCUGCCGGGACUACCAGCGCCUGGGCCUGGGCACCCUGAGCAACAGCCUGACCCGCUCCAAGAACGAGCCCUUCCGCAUCUCCACCGUCAACCGGAUGUAUGCCAUCUGCCGGAGUUACCCGGGACUCCUGAUCGUCCCGCAGACCAUCCAAGACAACACCAUCCAGCGGAUCUCGCGCUGCUACCGACAGAACCGCUUUCCGGUUGUCUGCUGGAGGAACUCGCGCACCAAGGCGGCCCUGCUCCGCUCCGGCGGGCUCCACGGGAAGGGCGUCGCGGGGCUCUUCAAGUCCCCCAAUACCCCUGCCCCAGGCCCCUCGCAGGCGGACUCCACCAGCCUGGAGCAAGAGAAGUACUUGCAGGCCGUCAUCAAUUCCAUGCCCCACUAUGUGGAUGUGGGCGGCGGGCGGAAUACCCUGAGUGGCUUCACUUCUGCCCACAUGAGCAGCUCCGAUUCCUCUGAGAAGCGGCAGCCCAAGCUGGGAUCCCUUAUGAAGCAGGUGAUGGGAGGGAAGGACCCUGAAGGGCCCGGGCCAGUGAGCCGCGGAGCCCUAGGUCACAGAGCCAGGGUCAUUACCCUCUCCAGCCCCAAGAGCCUGGCUGUCAAGGGACGCCUGUCCCCCCGAGGCAAGUGGGGCAGCAUCCGGGCCAGCGGACGCACCAGCAGCUACGCGCUCAACAUGGAGGUCGGUUCCCGCUUGGCCGGGAAGGAGCUGCUUGGCGCGCCGCCCAACGGGUCCCCCUCCGAGGCCAGCUUCCUGCGCCAGCACCGGGCCUCGCUCUAUAUCAUCGGAGACAAGUCCCAGCUCAGGGGAGUGAAGCCUGACCCUCUGCAGCACUGGGAGGUGGUGCCCAUCGAGGUGUUUGAGGCCCGGCAAGUCAAGACCAGUUUCAAGAAGCUGAUGAAGGCCUGCGUGCCGGGCAACCCUUCUGCGGAGCCCAGUGUGGCCUACCUGCGCUCUCUGGAGGAGUCUGAGUGGCUGACCCAGAUCCAUAAGAUCCUUCAGAUUUCUGUGCUGGUGGUGGAGCUGCUGGACACAGGCUCCUCUGUGCUGGUCAGCCUGGAGGACGGCUGGGACAUCACCACGCAGGUGGUCUCCCUGGUGCAGCUGCUGUCGGACCCCUACUACCGCACGCUGGAGGGCUUCCGGCUGCUGGUGGAGAAGGAGUGGCUGUCCUUCGGCCACCGCUUCAGCCAUCGCGGGGCGCAGACGCUGGCUGGCCAGGGUGGGGGCUUCACGCCCAUCUUCCUGCAGUUCCUGGAUUGUGUCCAUCAGAUCCACUUGCAGUUCCCCAUGGAGUUUGAGUUCAGCCAGUACUACCUUAAGUUUCUCAGCUACCAUUCUGUCUCCAACCGCUUCCGCACCUUCCUGCUGGACUGUGACUACGAGCGCCUGGAGCUGGGCCUCCUUUACGAGGAGAAGGGCGAGGGGAAAGGGCCCCAGCCCUUCCGGUCAGUCUGGGAGUAUGUGGAGCGGCUGAACAAGAAGACCCCGGCCUUCUUCAACUAUAUGUAUGCCCCUGAAGACAGCGAGGUGCUGCGGCCGUACAGCAACCUCUCCAACCUGAAGGUCUGGGACUACUACACGCAGGAGACCCUGUCCGAGGGACCCUCCUACGACUGGGAGCUGGCGCAGGGCCGGCCGGAGCCUGUGGAGGACCCCGGGCCCCCGGACGCCGGAGCACCGGCCCCAAGCCGGCGCAGGAUCGUCUGGCCCUGUUAUGACAACCGCAGACGUGUGGAGCCAGAUGCCAUCUCGCGGCUGCUGGAGGAGCUGCAAAACCUGGAGAUGGAGUUGGGCCAGGUGCCUGGGCGCUGGAAGGAGACCUGGGACAAGCUGAAGGCCUUUCAGCGAGCGGAGGCUCAAGAAGAUGGCGGUGGUGGCAAAGGGGUGUCCAGCGCCCUGCUCAUGGCCUCCAGCGGCCUCUCCCACCAGCGGCGCUCGCUGGGCGCCUACCUGCAGGAGAGCGGUGUGGGCAGCUCCGCCAUCAACCUCAGCCUGGACGGCGACGCCAGCAGCACCUCCACCCCGUCGAGCGGGAAGCCGGGUGGCCGCCGGAGCAACACCAGCACCCUCUACAGCCAGUUCCAGCCGGCAGAGAGCGAGAACCGGUCCUACGAAGGGAUCCUCUACAAGAAGGGCGCCUUCAUGAAGCCCUGGAAGCCCCGCUGGUUCGUGCUGGAUAAAACGAAGCACCAGCUGCGCUACUACGACAGCCGUCUGGACACAGAGUGCAAAGGGGUCAUUGACCUGGCUGAAGUGGAGUCCAUCACCCCCGGCACCCCGACCAUGGGAGCCCCCAAAAUGGUGGACGAGAAGGCCUUCUUUGAUGUGAAGACCACCAAGCGUGUUUACAAUUUCUGCGCCCAGGACGUGCUCCUGGCUCAGCAGUGGAUCGACCGCAUCCAGGGCUGCUUGUCCGACGCCUGAGGCAGGCUGCCCCCCGAAAGGCCGCUCUCCGGCGGCGCCUGCUGGGACAGGACGGGACAGGGCGCACGGGAGGAGGCUCCUAGGAGCGGCCCCAGGCGGCCGGCCUUCCUUCCUUCUCAGAGGAAGAUGCGCUGCGCUCCUUGGAGCCAGGCCAGAGCCCAGGAGGGAGCCUCCCUUUGCCAGGCCUCCCUCCGGCCAAGGCCUCGGACGCUGCCCAGUGGACUUGGAGCGCUCUCUGCUGGCGUGUGAGGGGGGCAGCGAUGGGGACCCUCCAGCACAGCGGGCGCCUGGGCCUCGGUCGCUUGAGGAGGAGGGCAUGCAGGCCCCGGUGCUGCUUGACCCUUCCCUCUGGCCCUAUGGCCACCGGGUGCUUCUGGGGCAGGUGUGUGUGUGGGGGGGGCAUCCCUGGGGGGGGCUCUUGGAGGUGGGAGCUUGCCAGAUCGCCCUUCCGGGUUCUUCCUCUGCUGCCAAGGUGACCAGGAAGUGACCCUUGCGGCCCCCUGCCACUGACCCAAGGCAAGGCACACCCACCCCUCCCCCCCAAGGGCCCCCUUCCUGGUUUUCAAGGCUUGAGUCGUGCUGGGUGCAGGCCCCGAGGGAGGGAGGGAGGGAGGGAGGCAGGCGUUGUACAUAGGCGGGCGGCCGGAGCCCCGCCCCCUCCCUCCCCUUUUCUAUUUGUACAAUGAUGGCUGUGGCUGGCUGGCUGGUGUGAAUUGGAGGGUUUUGUAACUUCCUUGAGCAGUUGUAGAUUAUUGAAGUUUCUGUACAUUGUGUCAAACUACAACAGAGUCCUUGUAUUGUAUUGUGCCUAGAGGAAAAUUAUAUGAAGAGAAAAAGCUAAUGGGAUUUAAUAAAAAACAGUGACUUAUGUUUC